CCCAAAGCUAGUUUCCAUCCGUAGAGUAGGACGUCUUUUUGAUUUCUUCACUUUGUUCAGUUUUCAGUAGGAAACUUGUCUACCUCGGCCGGGAGAAAAAAGUCUUCUUCUUUUCCCUUCUGCCCUUUCUUCCCCUUCUCUCCUGCAACUGGUCUCAGACGCGCAAGUUUUAAGCACCUGUUACUGAAAGAAAAAGGAAAAAUGUCUGCCAUUGGAUUCGAAGGUUACGAGAAGCGGCUCGAAAUCAUCUUCCGCGAGCCCUCUGUUUUCGCUGACCCUCAGGGGAAGGGUCUCAGGGCGCUUGCUCGUCCUCAGAUUGAUGAGUUCCUCCGUGCUGCAGAAUGCACCAUCGUGGACAAUCUGUCCAACAGUGUCAUGGACUCCUACGUCCUGUCUGAGUCCAGCCUCUUCAUCCACCCUUACAAGAUCAUCAUCAAGACCUGCGGGACCACCAAGCUUCUGCGCUCGAUUCCCAUCAUACUGAAGCACGCGAGCAGUCUGUCCCUCGCUCCUAUUUCUGUCAAAUAUUCCCGAGGAAUGUUCAUCUUCCCCGAAGCUCAGCCUUCGCCGCACUCCAGCUUCUCUGAGGAGGUUGCUGUGCUUGACGGUCACUUUGCCAAGCUGUUCGGGAAGACCGGGGAUGCUUAUGUGAUAGACGGCGGUGACCCCGCCCGUAACUGGCACAUCUACUGGUCCUCGAUUGAGUCCAUGGCUGCUGUGCCAAUGACGAUGGAGAUGUGCAUGACAAAGCUCAGCAGGGAAAGAGCAUCUGUGUUUUUCAACAACAAUGGGAGCUCGGGAAAGACGAUGACUAGCGCUUCUGGGAUUGCCAACAUCCUCCCCGACUUUGAAAUCAAUGACUUUGAGUUCGAGCCUUGCGGGUACUCCAUGAAUUCCAUCAAUGGCAGCGCUCUGUCCACCAUUCAUGUCACUCCGGAGGACGGGUUCAGCUAUGCUAGCUUCGAGUUUGUUGAUGUGGUUGACGCCAGGAAAGCUGUGAAUGCAGUGGAACUGGAGGCGAUGAUCGGCCGUGUGCUCAAUUGCUUCGAGCCAGCAGAAUUCUCCAUUGCAAUCCACUGUGACUCGACAAGCCCAAUUGCUAAGAUGUCUGCAAAGAAGGGGAUGAUGGGCUAUGCCUGUGGUAAGGUGGUGGAGCAUGAGCUUGUGGGGGGAGGCUGCCUGGUAUACCAGAGCUUCUCUGCAAAGAAUGGAGUCUGCGCCCCAAAAUCUGUUCCAAAGAAGUCCAUUGAGAUCGUUGGAGAGAAAGUUGUUGACCCGGAGAGGAGGGGCCUGCUUGCUUACUACGAAGCAGAGGAAUGUGGAGAAGAGAUGGAGGAAGGUACCUUGGUAACAUGCCUGGCCUAGUAAGACAAGUGAUAUAACAGAAAUUGAAGCUUUAGAUUUGUGGUUGAUUUCUGUCGUAUUUGGUAUUGUACUAUCAUUGUGUCUGGUUGUUAGGGAUAUGAAAUAAGCUUUAGCAGUGUGGCUAAGCAGAGAGGUGCCAUGAGUAUGACCGUGGUGCUGUUUGUUCUAUGUGUUAAAGAAGAGUCCUUCAGUUUAGUCCCAGAGCUAGUGGUUGGUUAAAGGUGUUAUAGCCCAUGUUCUGCGCCGUAUGUGUAACUAUGUUGGUGAAUUAUAUGAAGUAUGUGUUGUGUGUUAA